UGUGUGUCAGGAUGGGGAAGUUUCGCGGUUUUGCCAAACUGGUAGCAUGAAAUAUCAAGACGGAGAAUCUGUCAACAGAUGAAGUAGUAUUGAAAACAUCACCUGUGAGUUUAGGAUGGCGACAGCACAGAUUGAGAAAGUGAGAGAAUUCCUCACUUGUGUGAUCUGCCAGGAACUGUACACAGACCCCUGUACACUGAGGUGUGAUCACACAUUCUGCAGGAAAUGUGUCACUGGACACAUCCAAACCAGACCAGAUGCUGUUCAGUCCAAGACGAUCCCCUGUGCCUUCUGUCGACAAGAUACCAAGGUCCCCAACCCCAGCCGGCCAGUGGAGGAGUGGGCGGGGCAGAUCAAACCCAGCAUCAUUAUACAGGGGCUGAUUGACACACAGGACUCUGCUACAACAACGGCAGUUGAUGACACCAACAAACACUGCUCCUUGUGUGACAGACUAGGGGAGACAACUCCGGGGACUUCCUGGUGUCCUGAAUGUGAAGAGACCCUCUGUGGUAGAUGUGCCAAAAUACACCGUGUUAGCUCUGGCUCUCGUGACCAUGGAUUGUGUGACCUGUCUUGCGAGGUCAAGGUUAAGAAGAGACGCAAGGUCAUGUGUCAGGAACACAAGGAUAAGAAAGAAGAAUAUCUCUGUCUGGACUGCAACAAGUCACUGUGUCAGUCAUGCUGUGUGGUCUACCACAGGAAAUGUGACUCUGUCGUCACAAUUAGCUCUCAGAUGACGAGGAUAAAGCUUGGGUUAUCUCAUAAAGUCAAUGGUCUUAAGAAAAAGCUUUUUGGUAAAAGCAAAAAGAUAGAAAAACAAAAAUCAAGAGUAAGUGAAAUAAAAGACAAUAAAGCGUCCGUAAUAGAACACAUCACAUCUACUGCAAACAGACUCGUCGAAAACAUCAAGCACAAGGAAAAGAAGCUGUUAGAUGAAUUGGAUGCAAACACAGAUACACACCUGUCACAGAUUGAUGCAGAUAUAAAGCUUGAAGAUAUUGAGAUGCAGAUGUACAGACAACAUUGUGAGUUCAUUGACCAGGCCUUGGUAUCGGACUGUGAGAUGGACCUGUAUGACGCGUAUCAGGCCUGGGAGUCGGGGGCUUUAGAGUUGGGGGAUGUCAGGGACAAAGACACAGCAGACACACAGAGAAUAGAUGAAAUCAGGUUUAGACCUGACACUGACAACGUCCAGCACAUCCUAGAUGACCUACAUCUUGGGAAGAUUGAGGUCACAUACCAGACUGGAACCUGCCUGAAAUCUUAUUCGGUAAUGGUUGACACGACUGACGGCUGGGUGGAGGGAGAUGUGGGGAAACCUGAUCUACGUGACGUCACAGUCCUGCUUGUAAAUGGUAUACAGACGUGUGUUGUCACUGACAACUCCAACAAGUGUGUGAAAUCUUUCUACAUUGGAAACAAUCAACCAUGUCAUAGUAGACUUCCCCUGGUUAACUCUCCAUGGGGUGUAACACAGUUGAAAGAGAACCAGGUGAUGGUUGCAGACCCAUUCUCCAGUCAGAUUGUAACAGUAGAAGUGACCCCUGACCUGGUGCUGCUCUCAACCAUCACAACCCGCAAGUGGUACUACAGUCUCGCUGUUCUGAGUCCUUCAUAUCUAGCAGCAGGUACUACCAACUGUGUUGAUAUCCUGGACAUGGGGGGACACGUGCUGAGGUCAGUCGCUACACACAACAAUGAGACACUGUUUACCUACCCCUUCCACAUGUGUGUCAACACCAAGGGCAACAUACUCGUGUCUGACAUGGGGAAGAAGUCUGUAACAUGUGUGACGUCAGAGGGGGAUGUUGUGUGGAGAUACGCCCCUACCGGAGACAGAGCACUCCGCUACCCUUAUGGUAUCUCAACUACAGGCACAGCAGACAUCCUGCUUGUAGACAGGAACACCAACAAGGUGAUACAGCUGACAGCGUCGGGGGAGUAUGUCAGGGAUGUUCUCACGUCACAGGAUGGUGUACACUCUCCAGUAGGUCUCUGGUCAGACAAACAUGGCUCCAUAUUUGUGACUGGAGAUGGGAAGAUCAAGGAAUUUAUCAAGACAUAGGGACUGAAUGCAUAUGGAGACCUCUCUAACUGCUUGUUCGUUACAUCCGCCUGUCAUUAUUACCAGCAUACACACCCACCUCUAUAGAUGAACCGACAAAUUACUUUAUGUUCAGUAUAGCUGUAGGUGUGAAAUAUUUCACUACAAUUCUGAAUUAACCCCAUUACAAUAUGGUACACUCACCUGGAACCUACGAUUGUGGGUUCGAAUCCCCGAUUUGCCCCGAUGUUUCUUGGUGUCUCUGCUCCGCACUAUACCCGUGCCCGUGGAUUUCACCAAAGUGGUAAACGUCCAAGACCUACAUCACUUCAGCUUUCCUCCAACGUCACACUGACACGCCGUGAUACACAAUGAAACAGUAUUCACAGUGGCGUUACAUAGAGGAUUAACCACUGUGUUCGGUUGAUACCGAAAAAUCUACAAACGAGUGAUUAAUCUGUCACGAUUAGAACGAGGCUUUGCCGAGUUCUAAUUGUGGCAGAUUAAUCACGAGUGUAACCCAUAACAAUACGCCAUAAAAAGUCGAGCUCGUAGUUGAAAAUUUCCCGUGUUAAGUAACCACUCGGGAUUCCCCCCAGCCUCGUUUUCGAAUAUGCUCAGUAAGACAACUGUACCAUAAACAGGUAAAAAGGAUCUAGCGAAGACAACUCACACGAAUUUUCCGUGACAGGCAAGCGAUUUGUUAUGUUUUUUGUUAACGAUUAAAAGCUGUUGUGAGUAACGUUUUGAGAAUUAGUAAUGUGAUUUGAUAUUUGUUAAUGGUUUUGGAUUUCUCGGUCCAUAACUUUAUUUGCAUUCGUCUCGCCGUGACUAUCAUUUUCAAUGCGCAACACUAAAUAGGCCCACCUUUUUAGUGUAUGUAAAUACGUUAUUCGUUUAUUUCUUCGCUAGAAACAAAUGUUAUAAAGCCAAUUAAGAGGAAAUUAAAUAUUGUGUUAUAUAUUGUGAACUAUUGUUAACGAAAAACAAGUGCCCAAAGGAACUGUCAGCAGGAUUGAUCAGGCAAGAUUCUAAAAAUACCAACUCAGGCAACUGAUCAGCUGAUUACAUCUUCUCAAAUCCAUCAAUGGAUUGUAAUAUUUUUGGACGAAUUUUCGUCUUUAAAACUAGUUUUACAGUGAAUAAUUUAAUGUGUAAAA